UCCGUCUGUUUUUACUGAUCUCGUGAAAUGCGCACCAAUUUUUCGGAAAUUUUUUCGGGAAGAUUUCUUCGGAUUUUUGCCGUAGUCAUCUGAAAGCUUGAAUUUUCAAUUGAAAAUUCAGGAAAAAUUAUCGCAAAUGAAGAAUUAUCAGAAUAUACAAGGAAGUCAAUAGUUUAUUAAUUAAAAAACGUUAAUAGUUCGAAGUGUAACGUUUUAAUAUUGUCGUAAAAAACCGGGAUGAGAAGAAAAAAAUUCUGAUGUUGGCACUCGAAUUUUUUUUCGUCGAUUAAUCAAUAAUUAUCUAAGGGAAAAAAUUCGAUGUACAUCCUGUGAUUACUUUGUUACUGAUUCUUCAAUUACCAAAAUUUAACGUGCACUGAGUUUCGAGACGAGUACAUACUUUGAGAUUAUGUCGAUUCAUCUGGACAUAAAAAAAGAGCACACGGAGGUGGAGCAGGAAACUGUACUUCAUUCAAUUCCUUGUAAAAUCUAUGGAGAUACACCUGCCAAUGUUUCCGCAUUCUUCACACCGUAUAUUAGAAAAAGUGAUGAGAAACAUUUCGAUGCUUCGUUUAGAGGACACCCUCUCCAGGGUAGAAUCUUAACCGUGCCAGAGGGGUACAAAGGGCUCAUCUUCUACGAGCAGAAAAAGCCAGCUAAUCCCGCAGACGAUCGGAAAUUUGUGUCGACUGGAGGUUUUUCCAAAUUUACUUACUGGAAUUUCGACAAAUUGCCCUCGAAAAAUGACGCGAUCGUUAGCGCCCUGGACUGGAUCGAUAUUGCUGAGGCAGUUCACGCACCUGAGAAGAGUUGAUGAUCGAUUAAAUUGUAAACCAAUAUUUUUUCUAAAAUAUUCCAUGAACUCUAAAACAAUAUUUUUGUAAUUGAAUGCCACAAUUUUUCCACGAAGAAGACGAAGUAUUUAAAACAGUUAUAAUAGUAAAUUUCUUGAUAAUAAAGUCAGAAUACUUUUAUAAAAACAGUAGUAACUCACUGGUGAGGAAUGAGGGAAGAGAUUAAGGCGUG